AUGAAAGAUUCUUGUCGAGUCGACUUUCGCGAGAUUCAACGUAGAAAUGGAAAAAUAAUUAUUCGUGCUUUGAUGGGAGUUGAAAAAGCAACCGUCAAUGCAAUUGUUGAGAAAAUUUGUUGUGAACAUAACAUUAUCGUCUUUAAAAAUGAAGUAGAAAAGGAAGUGAAAAGCUUUAUUUAUCGUGGAUACAAAUUGGGUUUCAUCGAUGUAACAGAAGAUUCGUGCUUUGUUAUCAAUCAUAGGAUCAAAGAACAAUUUACCAUGGCAAAGCAACAUAAUAAAACAUCAAAAGUUCUGAAAUCCCAUUUGAAACGAAAAGUUCGCCCAAAGCAAGCAUUGAAGAAGUCAAAACAAUCUCAAAAAUAA